ACAUUAAAGUUUGCCUCACAGAUAUCUUCCUCUCUACUUUUUCGCCACCAUCUCUCGCUCUCCUUACCUCUCUCUCUCUCUCUAAAGCUGUCUAAGAUUCAGACUAUGUUUGGAAAAAACUGGACUCAAGUGGCUAUGUCUGACGACUCGUUGGUGGCCGACGCGCUGCUCCUGCUCCGCCACUCGGAACCAACACUACUGCCGAAGAAAGUCGAAGCAUCUCCCAUCAAGCUGAAAUGGAGCGUGCGUCAACGGAGAUCGAAGAAAGGAGACCAAACGCGAGCCAGCCCCACAACUCCUCUUUCCUUGAGCGGGGCCACGUCUCUUAGCGGUGGUUCGACCACCGUGGAAGGCCUUGGAGAGUCCAGCGCCACCGUCAAACCCUCCGAGACCUUUAGAUCUAAGGUUUUUCAGACGAGUGCAACAACAACAACUCUGUUCAAAAGAUCAAGGAAGAAAAAGACUCUGGCGGAGCUUAAAGAUGAGGAAGUCAUGCUCUUGAAGGAAAGCAGAGGCCUGAAAAAUGAAUUAGCAAGUAUGCGCGAAUUGGUCGAGCAACAAAGAGCAAGAAACAAUGCUCUAAAGAAGAUGAAGGCUGAAUCACAAUCUGCCUUGUCCUGCAAACGCGAACAAGACUCCUCCUUCUUGCUCCCUGACCUAAACAUGCCACUAGAUACCGACACGAGCCCAUGAUCAUAUUAUUCUUUAGUUUUUCCCAUCACACUCAAACCACUACCUCCUACCCACAAAUAUGUGUUUAACUGUAACUAUAUGAGUAUGAACAAUGUAGAUUGCUAUUAACCCUUUUGGCCAUUCCCCGUGGCCGCUGUAGAAUAUUGGCCUCAAGGUGAGGUCAUUCGAGUUUAUGUUUCUCGAUAUAUCCUCUUCUCUAGGCAGUAGUAUGAUUUUUUGCUCUGUCAUUUUCCCAUUUUCACAGGAUGAGAUGUAAUCACCAUCAUAGAUACACUUCUAUCUUUCUUACUGUCUUUAGUAAGAUGUAUUGCAAGAUCACAUGGCCCUUUCUAUCAAUAUAACACGUUCCAAAAC